GCAGUGCCCUUUGGGACUUAGCCUGAAAAAUGAAUCCAGUUGUUUCCCAGCCAGGAUAUGGGACAGGGGGUAUGAUGACUAGUGACUGGCAAUCUGGCGUGUUUGACUGCUGUGAUGACCUGGGGAUUUGCCUCUGUGGGACUUUCUUUCCCCUGUGCCUUUCCUGUCAGAUCGCUUCUGACAUGAACGAAUGCUGUCUGUGCGGAGCAAGUGUCGCCAUGAGGACCUUGUAUCGAACGCGAUAUGGCAUCCCGGGUUCUAUUUGCAGUGAUUUCCUAUGGCUGGGAUGCUUCCCUCAAUGCACUCUUUGCCAACUCAAGCGAGAUAUUGAGAAAAGAAAAGCAAUGAAUUCUUUCUAAAAAGUGCUUACAACUUGGUCAUAUUCACAAUGUGGGGAAAGAAAUGCUGGAAUAACACACACACCUGCUGUGCAAACUCACCCAAAUCUUAGAAAGCAAUUCAACUAAUCCUAUGGCUUCCAAUGGCUUCAAGACCUUUUUAAUUUCCAGUUUAUUCCAAAACAAAUUUAUUUCCAGUGCUAUUCUCUAAAAUGACUGCUAUUAAAAAAUUAAUGUCCUCAACA